CUUUGUUGCCAUGUAAAUCGCAAUAUUCGCUUGAGGCAAAGGAAAGCAAAGAAAAGUAGUUUCGGGAACAAAAUAAAAUCAACAUACGGACGGUCUGGUCUAUACGGGCUACAGUUAAUUAGCUAAUCAGCUACAUCAGCUUAUAAUCCUCCACCCCCAUAAAUGGGCAACUUUGUAAGCAGGCAGAACGCAGCGGUCGAGGAAGCGGACCAGAUACCCAACAAUGCCUACAAAUAUCCGCCUCGAAUGGGCAACUUCUUUGGCACCCACUUCAUAAUGGGCGGCGAGCGCUUCGACACGCCCCAACCCGAAUCGUAUCUGUUUGGUGAGAAUGCAGAUUUGAAUUUUCUGGGCAAUCGCCCGACGGCAUUCCCCUAUCCGCCGCCCCAGGCGAAUGAGCCGACCAAGACCCUCAAGAGUCUGGUCAACAUACGCAAGGAGUCGGUGCGUUUCGUUCGCUUGCCGAACGACAAGAAACCGGACUGUGUGGAUGGCGCCGCCAGUCCCAUAAAGGAGAAGCCCAAGCCCAAGCCCAUGGAGAUCCUGGACGAUAUCGACAAGACGAACGUAACCAUCGAGGAUGUCGAUGGCAAUGUCCUCUGCUCGAUGGGCCUGGGCGGUGGCAGCUCGGACUCGGUGGCCCCGCCGCCGCCCUGCUGCUACAACAUUGAGUUCACCUUCGAUUCGGAUGCCAAGUGUGCGAUCACCGUGUACUAUUUUGCCAGCGAGGAGGUCAGUCCCAGCGGCGUGACCCUGGUGGCACGCGAGGGCCUCGCCUCGGAGACGUAUCACUUUGACAAGGGCAUCAACCAGAGCUUCUCGCAGCCGGGGCAUGUGUUCAAUCCCCAGGUGAUACCCGAGGAUGAGUUCAUAUACAGCUCGGGCCGUGAGCAGUAUCCCGUGGCCAUACACUGUGUGGUGGAGGAGGGCAACGACGAGUGCCGACAGUCGCACACGACCAUCUGUGUGAUCGACCAUCACCCGGAGACGAACAGCUAUGUGCUGCGCGCCCUCAAGCAGAAGAUCUUUGUCGAUGGCCUGUGCUACCUGCUGCAGGAGAUCUACGGCAUUGAGAACAAGGCGGUGAACAAGUCCUCCAUUGACGAGGAUAUCGACGAUCAUGGCAGCGAGUGUGUCAUCUGCAUGAGCGAGACGCGCGACACCCUCAUACUGCCCUGUCGGCAUCUCUGCUUGUGCAAUUCGUGCGCCGAUUCGCUGCGCUACCAGGCCAACAAUUGUCCCAUCUGUCGGGCACCGUUCCGGGCCCUGCUCCAGAUACGGGCCGUCCAGAAGGGCAUCAGUACGCAUGUGCUGCAUCAGAAUACACCAACAUCGGCGGGCGGGGACGCGGCACCCGUCGAUGUGCCGCCGGGAUAUGUGCCCGUCUCGCUCAUCGAGGCACUCAAUGGGCCACCCCAAUAUGUGGCCAGGGCCAGAACAAGCGAACAUGAUAUUACGGACACGGCGGCCACUGUGGCCGCCUCCACGAUGACCAGCAGCGACAUCAAGGCCACCUCGCCCGUCAAGUCCAACAGCACGCGUCGCUCCAAGAUCAAGAAGAAUGCCUCGACGUGCACAUCGACCAGCGAGGUGGGCACCAUCACCACACCCCAAACGGGCGGCAACCUGUCCGUGGUGGAGAUCGAAAGCGAUCCCAAAAAGACGACGGCGACGGCGACGGCUACAGCAACGGCAACGGCCGCUGCCAUCACCUCACCCACCGGCAAGACUGCGGUGGAGGAGGCGAAGCAGGACAAGCUGCAGAUUGUGAACGAGCGAAAGUACCCAACCACCAGGGGAGGGGCAGGUACAGGUACUGGCUCGGGUGGCGAUGCCUCGGCCGGCACCGAUGACGAUGUGGACAGCGAGAACGAGAAACUGUCGCCGUUGCUGUCGCCGGGCAGCAAGAGCCGCAAUCUCUCGAACAAGUCACUCAAACAGGUUGUGGCCUGCCUGGAGGCGGAUGAUGCGGACAAGACGGGCGGCGGCAGUGGCAGUGGCAGUGGCAAUGGCAGCAACUCGGGAGCAGGCGGUGAUAGCGGAGUGGCCAGCGAUGAGACUGGCAGCAAGAAAAGCGGCGCCUCGCUGAAGCGAGCCAAGCCCAGGCCGGAGCUAACGAGCAGCAGCGGUGGAAGCGGUGCUGCAGCUGGUAGCUGCGGUGAGCCAGCGGCCGAUGAUUCGGACUACUAUACGCCCGAGGAUACGCAGAACUCGAUACUAAGUCCGCUCUGUCCCACGGAGAGGGAGCGCGAGCGAGAGCGGGCCAAGAGCGGUGAUCCGCUGUGCGGAGUAUCCGCAGGCGGUGGCAGUGCAAGUGUCGGCAUUCGUGGCGGCGUCGGCGGAGGCGGCACCCCAACCAGUGUGGUGGUGGGCUUUAGCAGUGCCAUGAAGAAGAAUCUACACAAGAAAUCCACAUCGGUGGGCAACAUGGUGGGCUCCGGUUCGGGCACAGUUGUUGACUUGAAGUCCAACAAUGUUAGCUCCCUGCCAGAUAUGCUGGAUAGUCCGAUUAGCGGCAAUUCGGCAUCCACACGCAGCUCCAGUGAUAGCUACUCAUCCAGCUCAUCGACAAAGCAAUUGCUCAGCUCGAAUCCAACCACAACGGCGGCCAAUAUCAUUGUGGACGAUAAGACGGCUCUGCAGAAUGCUGUCAAUGUCUGAGGCAAACCAAACCGAAACUCAAUUUCGGUUUUAUAUCUUAACACUUGUUUAUCUUAUUCUUAUUUAUUUCUGUAGUAGUUGUAAUUUCUUAGUUAAAUCGAACAAAACUCUCUGGCGACGUGUAGCAAAGGAGCUGGCAACGAGCAGGACGAGUGGGGAAGCAGCAGCCAGAAGGGACACUUACACUUACACCUACACCUACACCUACACCUACCCACAUACGUACAGCAUGCAUGUGUAUGUAGUUUAAUUAAUUUAGCAUAACGGCUUGGGUAUAUUACAACAACAAUACAAACAAUAAUAAUAAAUUGUGUCCUUAGGGCACAACAUUCCAAAAUUGAUAA